CACCCCUCACCUCCACCACCUGGCCUUGUCCAGCAGCCAGCCAGGGAAGGGCAGAUGCCCCUGAGGAGGAGCGCCGCCCACUGAGCAGAUGCCCUGCCCCGAGAACUCGCGGCCUCCACUCCACCUGCCAUCUGCACACCGCCGUGGGCAGCCGCCCCAUCCACCUCGCGAUGGCCGACGGCGUGCCCCUCAUCUGUGACUAUGGCUCGGCCCUCAGCAAGGUGGGCUUUGCAGGAAAGGAAGCGCCCCAGGUCAUCUUCCCCACCAUCCUCGGGAAACUCCGGCACGAUAACCUGUUGGUGGGGAUGGAGGAGGAAGAGUGGUUCAUCGGGGCUGAGGCUCAGAGAAACUGUGAGAAGAUCAUCCUGCAAUAUCCCAUCUCUCGCAGCAGCACCACCAACUGGGACACCCUGGAGAUGAUCUGGCAUCACUCCUUCUACCAGCUGCUGCACGUGGCCCCUGAGCAGCACCCCGUGUUGAUGACGGAGCCACCUCUGAACUCCCGGGCCAACAAGGAGAAAAUGUGCCAGAUCCUGUUUGAGACCUUCAAUGUGCCCGCCCUGUACUUGGCCAACCAAGCCGUGCUUUCUCUCUACUCCUCUGGCUACACCUCCGGCACCACUAUCGAGUCUGGGGAGGGCAUGACGCACUUCGUACCCAUCAUCGAAGGCUGCGCUCUGCACCAGUCGGCCCUCCAGGUGGAUGUAGCGGGUCAGGACCUGACCACGUUUCUCCUGCGGCUGCUGUCCGACAAGGGCCACUUACUCGUGAGCACAGCUGACCGGGACAGGAUCAGGGACCUGAAGGAGAAAUGCUGCUAUGUGGCCUUGGACUUCGAUAAGGAAAAGGGGAAAUCCGCCGGGGCUCCCUGCCAGGAGACCUACCGGCUCCCGGACGGCCAGGAGAUCCGCCUCGGGCCUGAGAGGUUCCUUUGCCCUGAGGCCCUCUUCCAGACAGGCCUCAUAGGCAGGAACAGCGUGGGGAUGCCCAUGAUGGCUGUGCAGAGUGUCUCGGCCUGCCGUCCCGCCCACUGGAAGGCCCUUUUCGGCCACAUCCUGCUCUCAGGGGGCACCGGCUGCCUCGCGGGCCUGCGGUUCCGGCUGCAGAGAGAGAUCACUGCACUUGUCUCGCCCGCCCUCACCGUGAAGGUGUGCAGCUGCCCCUACUCUGCCUAUGGCGCCUGGGUCGGUGGUUCCAUCCUGUGCUCCCUCUCCACCUUCGAGGACAUGUGGGUCACCAGCUCCGAGUACAGGGAAGUCGGCUGCUCUGUCGCCAGCAGGAGAAGCUAUUGACACCUGCUCGGCGGGAUCCGUUCGCCUGGGCUGUGGGCAGCAAGUCCAGGCUGAGCACCGGCGUGGCUGCAUUGGUCAGAGCUCAGAACCAACUCGGGUGGAAGGACCUGCCUGCCCCAGCCCCCCUUGUCUGUGUCCUCCAGGCCAGUGGGCGAGGGAGGGCCCCGCUGCCCUCGCUGUGUGGGGGAUCUAUUGGAACGGCUAAGCCAGCACACGAGCUCACAUUUUACCGGAAAGGUAGAGUUACAGAGAGACCAAGAAACCUUCUAUCUGCUGGUUCACUCCCCAAACGGCCACAGCGGCCAGAGCUGGGCUGACUCAAAGGCAGGAGCCAGGAGCUGUUACCUCCCAACGACCUGAGCCAUCUCCACUGCUUUCCCGGGCCAC